CUCGUUUAGGAAGGAAGGAAGGAACCUUCGAUGUGCUAAUUCAUCAGAAAAGCGCUGUACAUGUCCUGGACCCCGACAUAAAUGCUGGAUGUUCUUGCUAAUGGAGUCUCAAGGCUUUCCUGAAAAGGCAGGGGUCGCCGCCAAAGAUUGCACCAUCAGGUCGGGUUUCUCCAGAACGACAAAGGCAACAGUCAGCUGGGCGCUCAUACGAGACGGCCGAGACUGUGACAGAAAAUGAUGGUAGCGGCCGGUCACCGGUCAGGUCUCAACGGAAUGUAGUCGAUUGAGCAUUACCAAUUCUGCCUAACUUAGUGCCAAAAUGUACUCUGGGAAAACUGACAGUGUACAAGGGAUCAGCACUAGAGAGCUGCGCGCAGGAGAGUUUCGUAUCGUUUUCAACGGCAUGAACGAUCCAAGCCCGAGGGUUCAGACACGCUCCGUGCUAAGCGGGCCCAAGCUCACACCACGGAGCUGAAAGAACGGAAGUAUGAGUUGGAGAGCUUCACCCGCGGCGUAUAAACAUGUCGACGCGUCAGCCAAAUUAGUUCAAGAAUCGCAAGAAGACUUAGCAAGCCUGCAUGCCGCUCUGAAUCAUCCUCCGAGAACGACGGGUCGUCUGAGUCUGCACUGGCCACGGCUGAUAGUCCGUAACUUGAAGCUGCUAAGCAUGGGGGUCAACGAUAGCCACGAGCAGCAAUAGGUGGUGGAAGACCGCAG